UUGCGAACUGUUCAGUAAGUGACCGGCCAUUCGACUGAUAACAUCGCGCCUCCUCAAGUAGCCUACAGCCGAGAGAACCGAACCAUGUCCACCGCGGCGAUCAACAAGUGUCCAAUUCCGGAUUACCUGAAUGAAGAACUGAUUAGGGAAACGCUCCGCAAGGAAUUUAACAGUGAGGACAUCGUGGUGGAAGAGUUCGAUGUUUCUCCGGCUACAUCGGCUGGGGACAACUAUAUGAGCGAUGUUUUUAGAAUACCCGUUAAAUAUCGGCUAUCGCCGACGGAGCAGAAGAGUGAACACAUAUCUUUUGUGGUCAAGUGCCUUCCUGAUACUGGUAGCCGGGGCCCGGUCAUCGAUGAGCUGAAUGCAUUCCACAAGGAGGCCCAGAUGUUUACCCAAGUGAUACCUAAACUGUCGAAAAUUGCCGGCGAUGAGUUUUUUGCGGCCAAAUGUUUCCACACAACGGAAGCUCCCAAUCGCAUGCUGAUAUUUCAUGACCUCAAAUCGCUGGGCUACACCAUGGCCAACCGCCACGCUGGGCUCGAUUUUGAUCAUUGCGCGGCUAUUAUGAAGAAAAUAGGAAAAUUCCACGCUGCCUCGAUGGCAUAUGCGCGGGAAAACAUGGAUGUGAUGAAGAAAUAUUUCAACUUCAAUAUGUUUAACCCCGAUGUGGACGUUCGGAGCGAUUGCAUCAAUGUCGUGUUCGAGAAAGGCCUCGGAACGCUGAUUUCCAUCAUCGAGGAAAGCUGGCACGAUUUUGAUCCGGCGAUAUUGGAGAAGUUGAAAAAGCUUCACCCGGUGUACGUUAAAAAGCUGGAAGCGUGCUUAACUCAGAAGUUCGAAGACGGGUUCAAGGUCCUGAACCACGGAGAUUUGUGGUGCAACAACAUGCUGUUCAAGUAUGAUCCAACGUCGAACAAGUUACAAGAUGUUGUUUUUGUGGACUACCAAAUCAGCUACUAUUCAAGUCCGGGAAUUGAUAUUAACUAUGCUCUGUCCAACUGUCCCAAUCUGGAAACUCGUGCCCGAGUGGAUGAACUGAUUGGUAUUUAUUACCAAUCGUUGAGCGAAACGCUCGGGUCGAUCAACUAUCCACGGAUCCCAACUAUGGCCGACGUUCAGUAUGAAAUCCGACGAAUGGAGUUCUUUUCCAUAGUGUCGGUAGUAUCCAUUCUACCAAUCACUAUGAUGGAGAAGACGGACACGAUGGUAGUUAACUUUGAAAGCAUGGUCGACGAGAAGCAAGCGGAACAAUCAAGGAAGAUCCAGUACAACGGGAAGAAGUAUCAGGCGAUUGUGAGACCUUUGCUGAAGCAAUUCAACGAUAGGCACCUGCUGGAUGUCUAAAUGUAACAAUAUAUGUUAAUAUGUUUUAUGAUCUUGACUAAAUUUUGGACAAAACAAAGAUAUUGUAGUAAAAAGUAAAUAUGAUUUUAUUCAAAAACUUG